UACAAUCAGAUAGAAACAAUAUCAUCCUUGCAUUAACAAUGGGUCUCCCUUACUCAAGACACGAUGCUGAAGAGGCAAUACGGGCAGGUGAUAAACGAAGGCUACAGCAUAUUCUACAAAGCCCACUGAAGUGCUUUUCACGUUCAACAUUGUUGUUGAGGGCCUGUGGUAUACAAAAAGAACGAGACAUUGAUAGGGCCGUAUUACAAUUAUUGAUUGAAUAUGGCGGUGAUAUAAAUGCGAAAAACAAAGACGGACAGACUGCAUUAUUACUAAUUAUAAAGACGGGAACAAUAGAGAAUCUGAAAAUAUUGAUUGCUGGUGGAGCAGAUGUAAAUACAACAAACUCAGAUGGGGAGACUGCAUUGAUGUAUGCAAUUUUGUACAGAUCUAAUGAACAUGCUGAAAUGUUGAUUGCCGGUGGGGCAGAAGUUAAUACUGCAGACAAAAAUGGAAAUACGGCAUUAAUGUAUGCAAUUGAUAGGAAAUCCACCAAGUGUGUUGAAAUGUUGAUUGCCAAUGGGGCAGAUGUGAAUAUUGUAGACACAUAUGGGAGGAGUGCAUUGAUGUUUGCAAGUAUGCAUGAUUUAAGUGAGUGUGUUGAAAUGUUAAUGGCAGGUGGAGCCGAUGUUGCAGACGAAGAUGGCAAGACUGCUUUAAUGUAUGCAAUUAUUAAGGAAUCCACUAAAUGUGUUAAAAUGUUGAUUGCAAGUGGAGCAGAUGUAAAUGCUGCAGACAAAUAUGGCAAGACUGCAUUGAUGUUUGCAAGUAAGCAUUAUUCGAGUGAAUGUGUGGAAAUGUUGAUAGAUGGUGGAGCAGAUGUAAAUGCAGCAGACGAAGAUGGGAUGACUGCAUUGAUGUUUGCAAUUGAGCAUUAUCCAAGUGAAUGUGUUGAAACGUUAAUUGCCGGUGGAGCAAACUCUAAUACUGCAACCAAAGAUGGGAAGACUGCAUUAAUGUUUGCAAUAAGGAAGCCUAUGAAUGCCUCUGAAUGUGCGAAAAUGAUAAUAUCAAGUGGGGCAGAUGUAAAUACUGCUGACAACUCUGGAAAGACUGCAUUAAUGUAUGCAGUUGAAAACAUUUUGGUACCACAUAAGUGUAUUAAAAUGUUGAUUGCUGGUGGAGCUGAUGUAAAUACUGCAGACAAAUAUGGGAAAACUGCAUUAACAAGAGCAUUAUUUCCAUUGACUUUUCCAAGUGGAGUUGGGAGUGCCUGUGGAGGAUAUGUUAACAUAUUAGCCGAAGAUCAAAUGUUAAUGAAUGAAAUGUUGAGGAAUUCCACUGAGAAUAUGAACACGUUAAUUGCAAAUGGAGCAGUCAUUAACGUUGCAAACAAAAGUUUAUUUCAAUCUAGAUAUUUCAAAACAACCAUACCGUAUUGUAUAGAUAUUACAUUUGGAACUGAAGACCCUGGUCAUCUGCGUCUUAGAGCGAUAUGUGAGGAACAUAAUAUUACCGUUAAAACAAAAACUGAAUUAAUCAACGCUAUUCAAAGUAGAAAACUGAGCCUGAAAUGUCAAGCUAGAAUGCGUUUGUUUAAAACAAUGGGAAUGGAUUGUGACAAAUACGUAAAUACCAUUGACAGUUUAAUAUAUGGAGGAAGCUUGCCUUCAGAUUUGAAAGAUUUCAUGAUGUUUAACAAUGAAGUGUCUGAGAUGAUGCUUCUAAUUAGAAAUUAUUGAUGAGGGGAUCUUUACCCAAUUGAAAGUACACACACCUGGAAACUAUUUUCCAUGUAAACGAUGGGUUCUUGGACAGAUUGAUAUUUUAAGCAUCUUGACUAGUUUACUUUAAGGACAAUAUAGCAUUGAAAAAACAUAGUAUUGAAAAGCAACUCUAUUUGAACAACACAAAAAAGUACAUUUUUAUUAAUGGUACAACGAGUAUUAGAAGCCUAAAUUCAAACUCGUUAUUCCCUUGCCUUGCAUGGAUCAAUUUUGUUAAAAAUUUCCCAUAUGUCUAAGAUUAGCACUACCAAAUAAAUUGAAUAUUACCAUACUACUCGUAAACUAUAUAUAUAGACUAUAUUGGUCCCCGAAUGAACUUAUUAUAUUAUUAUUACCAAAUUGUUCCACGCCUGGCAACGGAAUAUCGAGAUUAAAUUUUG